CUAAUUUUACCUUUUCCCUUCCACAAUUAGCAUGCAUCUAAUACUAAUAUGGCUCCAAUUAUAUAUUGAUUUGCUUCUUAAAAUGAAUCCGAAUGUGUCUAUAUGCAAUUAACCCAAAUAUAAAUUACCAUAUAAAUUACCAUAAAUAAUCAAAUAUAUUCCCCUGAUUCAUGUAAUGAAUCUAAUAUUUAUUAGCAUAUAUUGCAAGCAUGCAUUUCAUGUUAUCAUGCAGGGAUUAUGCACCUGCAGAAGAUUAAUUCAUCCAGCAAUAUACAUAUAAAUUACAUAGAGCCUCUACACUCAACAAGCACAAAAAUCUUUAGAGACAUUUGAAGCUCUUGACUUGAUUAUAUAUUUUAGAAAAAAAAUGGCUCGCACCAUUCUCUGUGUUACACUAAUGUCUUUCUACCUUCUUGUUAGUCUCAUUAACGUUGCUCGGUCGGCUGAGUUCAUUGUCGGAGGCGCCGAUGGUUGGACUUUUGACAAGGAAAACUGGCCUGAGGGCAAGAGUUUUAAACCAGGCGAUGUCCUAGUUUUCAACUACGCUCCUGAGGAGCACAAUGUGGUUAUCGUCGACGCUGCUGGAUUUAACAGCUGCACACCUGCAGCUAACUCUACAGUUUACACGUCUGGAAAUGAUAGGAUCACGCUGGCCAAAGGAGAGAACUACUUUCUCUGUAGCUUCCCGGAUCAUUGUGUCUCAGGCAUGAGGAUUAAAGUAAAUGCAGCUUAAAACUGCAUACAGUACUUCUGCAAGCUUAUUUUAGUGAUAUUAUAUAUGUAAUAAGUCAAACUUGUUAUACACAAGUUUCCUGGCCCAUUCGACCGCAUAGGAGUAAUUAUACAUCUAAAAAAAUUUGCUUCGUGUACUGCACUCUUCAUAUUCCAUAACUGACUAUGGCAGAUUCA